GCCUCCCUAGCAGGUAGUCAGGGGUGUUGAAGGCUCCGUGGAGCGUGGGAGCCGCGUGUCCGCUGGCGGCCACCGUACGGGCCGACCCCGCUGCCGCUUCCGCUUCCUUCGCAAAGCGAGCCGCGUGCCAUGAAGCCAGGAUUCAGCCCCCGAGGUGGGGGCCGGGGUGGAUUCAGAGGGCGAGGGAGAGGCGGUGACAGAGGAGGCUUCGGGGGCCGAGGUGGCUUCGGAGGCCGUGGCCGUGGCGGCUUUGGAGAUCGCGGAGGCCGAGGAGGGGGCCGAGGUGGCUUCCAUUCCCCCGGAGGUCGGGGCAGAGGCACCCCCCGGGGCCGAGGCCGGGGCGGUAGAGGUGGCUUCCAAGGAGGGAAGAAAGUGACUGUGGAACCUCAUCGACAUGAGGGAGUGUUUAUUUGUCGAGGAAAGGAGGAUGCCCUGGUCACGAAGAACAUGGUACCCGGGGAGUCUGUGUAUGGCGAGAAGAGAAUCACCGUGGAGGACGGUGAGGUGAAGAUGGAGUACCGGGCUUGGAAUCCUUUCCGCUCCAAGCUGGCCGCAGCCAUCCUGGGGGGUGUGGAUCAGAUCCACAUCCGACCUGGGGCCAAAGUGCUCUACUUGGGAGCAGCUUCAGGCACCACAGUCUCUCACGUCUCUGACAUCGUGGGUCCUGAAGGUCUGGUUUAUGCUGUGGAGUUUUCUCAUCGAUCAGGCCGAGACCUCAUCAAUGUGGCCAAGAAGAGGACGAAUAUCAUUCCCGUCAUCGAGGAUGCACGACACCCCCACAAGUACCGGAUGCUCAUUGGGAUGGUGGAUGUGAUUUUUGCCGAUGUGGCCCAGCCAGACCAGUCCCGAAUUGUGGCUCUCAAUGCCCAUAACUUCCUGCGCAAUGGUGGACACUUUGUGAUCUCCAUUAAGGCCAACUGCAUAGACUCCACAGCCUCUCCUGAAGCUGUGUUCGCCUCAGAAGUCAAGAAAAUGCAGCAAGAAAACAUGAAGCCCCAGGAACAGCUCACUUUGGAGCCUUAUGAGCGAGAUCACGCAGUGGUGGUGGGCGUGUACAGGCCUCCCCCCAAGCAGAAAGAAGUAGCUGCCAAGUAGCUGUCUGCCUCCGUCCUGUCCUGCCCCCCCCCCUUUUUUUCUACUCUAGCUGUUUUGUCAGAUCUUUGUAUUUUCUAUUAAAAGGUGUGAUCCCA